AUGGUUUUUGGGCACUCAUCGGACAGUAAUGACACUGAGGCGCAGUAUCAACACAUCAAGAGUUCUCUAUCAUACGAAAGCUACAAUGUUGCAUGGAUCUGCGCUCUUCCUAUUGAAUUGGCUGCAGCUCAAGCUAUGCUUGAUGAGAUUCAUCAAAUCCCGCCUAGGUGUGCAAAUGACGAUAAUACCUACACGCUGGGCAGUAUCAAAGACCACAACAUCGUCAUCUCUUGCCCACCCCAGUAUGGAACAAAUAACGCAGCAAGUCUACUGACCAAUCUGAAGCGUACCUUCCCAUCUAUCCAAUUUGGCUUGAUCGUCGGGAUUGGAGGUGGAAUACCUUCCAAGGUUGAUAUCAGACUCGGAGACGUCGUUGUUGGAACGAGGGUCAUGCAGUAUGACCUUGAAAAGGUCAUGCCCUAUGGUGUGAUACAACGGGUAGCAAUACCCAGAAUCCCCAAGUCUUCUCUUCUAGCUGCUGUGAUGGAUGUGCGGGCCAGGCAUGAGUCACAGCCCAGCCGGGUUCCUGCUAUCCUCCAAGAGAGGAUGCUGCACCACACAGCUUACACUCGCCCGAACACCCCUGAUCGGCUCUUUGAAGCAUCAUAUACCCACGGCGACCCAGAGUUGGACUGCCUCGGUUGCGACCAAUCGUUUCUGAAGCAACGGAGAAUGCGACCACACCUUGACCCAAUAAUUCACUAUGGCGAGAUUGCAUCAGGUAACAGGGCCGUAAAGGAUGCCGUUUUUAGAGAUUAUAUUGCCAAAGAACUCGGUGUUAUCUGUUUCGAAAUGGAGGCUGCCGGAUUGAUGGAUAUCCUCCCUUGCCUGCCAAUUCGUGGCAUAUGCGAUUACUCAGACUCGCACAAGGCCAAAGAAUGGCAAAGAUACGCAGCUGGAACCGCAGCCGCUUAUGCAAGAGAACUGUUAGAAGGAAUGCCGCAAGAAAUUGGUACUGUUAGAAAGUUCCAUCGCCUCCCAAGUUCAAGUGAGUCCUGGUUGAUUCGAUCAUGA